AACAUGAGUGGCAACAACUUGGAUGGGGAAGAUGAAUUUGAUGAGCAGUUGCGAAUGCAAAAAUUGUAUGGAGACACCAAGGAUGAAGACGCCCAGAAAGAUCCUGGUAGAGAAACCAAUUAUUUUGGACAGCAGCCAGAUGACAUCCUCUAUGAGUGGGACCUGCACAAGAAAGCUUGGUUCCCCAAGAUCACUGAAGAUUUCAUUGCUACAUACCAGGCCAAUUACGGCUUUUCUAAUGAUGGUGCAUCUGGCUCUACUGCAAAUGUACAAGAUGUUAGUGCUAGGCCUGCAGAAGAACCUCUGCAAAAAAACCCCCUUGAACCCACUGAUCCCAAAAAGAGGGGAGAAAAGGGAAAGGCUGAAUCAGGAUGGUUUCAUAUUGAAGAAGACAGAAAUACAAAUGCGUAUGUGUCCGGUUUGCCUCCAGACAUUACACUCGAUGAAUUUAUACAGCUCAUGUCCAAGUUUGGCAUUAUUAUGAGAGAUCCUCAAACAGAAGAAUUUAAGGUCAAGCUUUACAAAGAUGAUCAAGGGAAUAUGAAAGGAGAUGGGCUUUGCUGUUUUUUGAAGAGGGAAUCUGUAGAUCUUGCAUUAAAACUUUUAGAUGACAAUGAAAUUAGAGGCUACAAAUUACAUGUCGAGGUGGCAAAGUUUCAACUGAAGGGGGACUAUGAUGCCUCUAAGAAGAAGAAGAAGUGCAAGGACUAUAAGAAAAAGCUGUCCCUGCAACAUAAGCAGUUGGAUUGGAGACCUGAGAGAAGGGAUGGGCCAUCCCGAAUGCGCCACGAACAAGUUGUCAUCAUCAAAAAUAUGUUUCAUCCUAUGGAUUUUGAGGAUGAUCCAUUGGUGCUGAAUGAGAUCAGAGAAGAUCUUCGAGUAGAGUGUUCAAAGUUUGGACAAAUUAAGAAGCUCCUUCUGUUUGAUAGACACCCAGAUGGUGUGGCCUCUGUGUCCUUCAGGGAUCCAGAGGAAGCUGAUUAUUGUAUUCAAACCCUUGAUGGACGGUGGUUUGGUGGCCGUCAAAUCACUGCCCAAGUGUGGGAUGGAACUACAGAUUAUCAGGUGGAGGAGACCACAAGAGAAAGGGAGGAAAGGCUGAAAGGAUGGGAGGCUUUUCUCAAUUCUCCUGAGGCCAAUAAAGGUCUUUGGUGUUCAAAUUCCACCUGUGCUUCAGAACGGGCAGGGCUUUCUAGAGUAAGGCAUUUUUCAGAGCACUCUAGCACAUCUAAAAUGAAUUCUCAAGAAGCUGCAACUCAAAUGGGAUUUGAAGAACCUAUAGAUGAAAAGAAGUUUGAAAAAAUAGCAGAUGGGGGAGAAUUUGAAGAAGAUGCUAAAGAAAGUGGCCUCAAAAAAGAGGUGGAAGAAUGCUACCCCCAGAACAAAUCUGAAGAAGGCUGCCUUGAAAGAAAGUCUGAGGAAGGCUGUCCCAAAAGAGAGCGUGAAGACUACCUUGAAAGAGAGUCUGGAGAAGACAGUCCCAGAAAAGGGUUUGAAGAGGGUAGUCCUAAAAAAGAGUCCAAAGUGAGUGACCCUGGAAGAGAAUCCAAAAAGAAGCGACUCAAAAAUGAUUUUGAAGAGAAUGGCCUUAAAAAGGAGUCUGAAAAAAAAAAAAAAAAGGAGUCUGAAGAAGAGAACAGCCCCCAAAAGGAGUCUGAAGAAGACAAGUCAGAAAGAGAAUCUGAAGAAGACUGCUCUGAAAAGCUGUUUGAAGAUGGCUCUGAAAAAAGUUUGAAAGAAAAUGACCUCAAAAAAGAGUUGGUUGGAAAUGGCUUUGACAAGGAGUUUAAUGAAAAUGUUCUAGAAAGAGAAGAAAAUGACUCUGAAAAAUCAGAAUUUGAAGAUGACAGUUCUGAAAAAGUGUUUUCUGAGGAAGGCUCUGAAAGUGACUAAGAAUCAGAUGAAAAGGAAGGAGAAGAUAUACAUGAAAAAGUUUUUGAUGAUGAAUCUGAUGAAAAAGAGGACGAAGAAGAUGCAGAUGAAAAGGGGCUUGAAGAUGCUGAUGAAAAGGAGGAAGAAUAUGAUGUAGAUGCAAAAAUGUUUGAAUAUUCAGAUGAAAAAGAUGUAGUAGAUGAAAAGGAGGAUGAAGAAGAUAUAGAUGAAAACAUGUUCAAAGAUGACGAUUCCAGCAAGAAGUUGUUUGAUGAAGAUUUCUGUGAGAAGUUGUUUGAUAAUUCUGAUGAGAAAGGGACUGUGGGUGUUUUGGGGAAUGUUCAGGAAGAAGGGGUCCUGUCCCCAGAUAGCAGCCUUAUCCUCAGUAGUGAUGAUGAUGGUGAUGAUAUUUAAACCAUUAAAUUUGCCUUUGAGGGAAAUUUCUCCAUCUACAUUUAGCCUAUUUUCCAGGGUAAUUACUAGUAGUGUUAAUGAACAUUGCAUAGUGAUAGGAUGCCAUCAGAUUAAUACAUUGACUUUUUCAUUGUUACCUGUACUUCAUGAUCUUAAAUGUAUAUUAAUGGGCUGUUCAGUUAAAACUUCAUAGUAUAAUGUAAGUAAACUGGAUACCUGUUCUUUUACAGAUUUGUUAAAUGCAUGCAGAA